AUGGCAACCGCUGGCAGCCAAGCUGUUUCCUCUAUCCACGGCGCGGCCUUCGCCCAUCCCCUCGUUCACGACGUCAGCAUCAUGAGAUCCAACGCGGCGCUGGGCGACGCGCUGGCGACGGCGGAGCGAGCCAUCGCAGGCCUCGCGCAGGUAGUCGACGUCGUCAAGCGUCGUCACUCCGCGCCGUCGCAGUUUCAUUCACUCGCCGCCCCUCCGCCGCAGUUCCAUUUUUAUCAGCCGCUGCCAUUCCAAGCCAGCUACGUCCCUUGCGCCGCUCCUCUCCCCGCAUCUGCCGCCGCAUCUCCCGCGUCCUCCUCUGUCUCCCAGCAUUCCGCCGGCCCCCGCCCGCGUGUCGCCAUCCCGCGCUCAAUCGCCGUUUCCGGCUCCAAGCGCAGCGCGGCGGCGCUCGCGACCACCUCGAGACCCGCGCCGCCGCGUGCAAAGCGGGCAAAGCGCGCCAAGCGCUUCGCAACCCCUGAAUCUGCUCCGCCCCCGCUCGUCCCUUCCAGCGGCUCCGACUGCGAGUCGGAGACAAGCGGCUCGUCGACUUCGCCGCAAACUGAAGCUCCCGUCGCAGGUGCCGUCGCAGAAGCGGUCGCAGGGCCCGUCGCAUACAAGGGCGUGCGACAGCGCAAGUGGGGCAAGUGGGUGUCGGAGAUCCGCGAGCCCAACAAGCGCACGCGCAUCUGGCUGGGGUCGUUCGACUCGGCGGAAGACGCCGCGCGCGCCUACGACGUCGCCGCGCGCCUGCUGCGCGGAUCCCAGGCGGCGCUCAACUUCCCCGGAGAUGACACCCAUUCUGUUCCGCUUCCGUCGGCGACGGCAGAGGCGCUUCUGAAGGCGAGCCGCGAGGCGGCGAAGACGUUCGAUACGGCCGACGUGGCUGAUGUCCUGGAGAAGUCGCUGCUUGCUACUAACGGAGCUCUUCUUGGCGCGGAUAUCACGAUUCAGCUCCCGAAGGCUGGACCGGCGGGGACAGCUGCUACAGAUGCAGCUGUAGCAGCAGCGGACGCCGCCGCUACAGCUGAGUUGCCUUCCACGUCUGAUCUGACCACUAACAGCAUGUUCGACAAUAUUUCCGCGAAUUCAAUCCCCGCCGUUGAUGGCCUCUCCGCGCCUUUCCGCAGCGCCAGCGGAGUCAGCAUUGCCUGCAGCGAGAGUGACAGUAUCGAGUCGCUUCUGACGGAUCUGGAGGAGCAGCACGGCGCUGAGCUGGCGCUGACGGAGGCUGAGCUGUCGGGGAGCCUGUUCCAGGGUGUCAUGGAAGAUUUUGACCUGGCAGCUGCGUGUGGUGACGUGGAGGGGUUUGAGGGUGCUGCUGACUUCACCAUGGACCUGUGGGCCCCCAGCUUCCUCGACUCCUCCCUCACUCCUCCUCCUCACCCCACCCGCGCUUGCCAUCGCUGGACUUUUACCCGUCUGGUUUGCGCUGCGGCGGGGCUCGUCCCCCCGCCGCCGCAUUCGCCAGUUCCUGCUAGCGUCACUCCCGCCUUAGAUCUGGCCAGCGCUAGUAGCAUCUUCGCGCUCCUUAAUCCAGAUCUAGCGGCUGCGCGGCUCGGGGGAAUGGCGCAAGCUGGUAACGUCGGUCGCGGCGGUACUGGCGGCGGCAAUAGCGGCGGUUUUAGCGACGGUACUGACGGCGGUAUCCGCGGCGGCGGCGGAAACGGGGCGAGGCAAAUUCUGGGCUCCGCAGGUGGUUCGCUUCUGGUGGCGGCGGCGGCACGAGCAGCGCCGCAUUCGGCGCCGUCAGUUCCGCCGCCGCGCCCGCCGGCGGCGGUAUGGCCGGCGGCCCAGCAGAUCGGGGCGCAUCUGACGGCUAGCUGGGGAAGCAUGGCACCCGAGACGCUCAAUGCACCCGUUACAAGCAAUCGGGGUUCCGUUAUAAGCAUACCUGGUGGUAGUAACGGGGACAGGUCUAUGGGUAGCGGCGAUACUCAAUGUGGCACAUGGGCCCUAGGUCAGGUAGGUCUUUCAUCUGGAAAUAUUGGUAGAACUUUCCAGACGAUUCAGCCAGCUGCACAGGCGUUACUCGGUCAGGUGAAUCCUCAGGUGAAUAAUCAGGUGGCUCCUCCGCGCCCUAUUGCGGAGUUGCUUCUGGGCCAGUAUCUUUUGGCUAAGCAGCAGCAGCAGCAGCAGCAGCAGCAGCAGCAGCAGCAGCAGCAGCAGCAGCAGCAGCAGCAGCAGCAGCAGCAGCAGCAGCAGCAGCAGCAGCAGCAGCAGCAGCAGCAGCAGCAGCAGCAGCAGCAGCAACAGCAGCGGCAGCAGCAGCAGUCGCAGCAGCAGAAGCAACAGCAACAGCAGCAACAGCAACAGCAGCAGUGGCAAUUAGGCAAUAGAUUAGAUUCGCCCUGCCUACCUUUGCCACGCACCACCACAACCGGCAACAACAUGUCCCUCUCGUUACAGUCACAACCCAGCCCCAUGUCAGUGGCGGCGUUACAGUCACAACCCAGCCCCAUGUCCGUGUCCGUGUCUGCAGCAGACUAUCUUGAUCUCGCUGCGUGCGCCUCUCUUCCCCAAGCCAGCAGCCCUUCCCUCUCCUCCCAGCCACCACUGCAACGCGGCACGCCAACAGGAGCAGGAGGAGCGGGAGUAGGAGGAGCAGGAGCAGGAGCAGGAGCGGGAGUAGGAGCAGGAGGAGCAGGAGCAGGAGCAGGAGCGGGAGUAGGAGCAGGAGGAGCAGGAGCAGGAGCAGGAGGAGCAGGAGCAGGAGCAGGAGCGGGAGUAGGAGCAGGAGGAGCAGGAGCAGGAGCAGGAGCGGGAGUAGGAGCAGGAGGAGCAGCAGGAGGAGUAGUAGGCUAUGCAGCAGAAAUUCGUUCUGGAAGCAGGUUUGGCAUGGGCAUGGGGGCAGGGGCGGCUAUGGUUGCAGGUGGAUCCGCGUCUGCGGAAGGCAUGCGUCCAUUGAGUAUGUAUGCUGGGGGAGGAGCAGCCGUUGGAGCAAUGCCAGCAGCCUUAUUGGCAGCAGCAGCUAUGCCAGUGCCAAGAGCAGCAGUGGGAAGAGAAGUGGCAGCGGAAGGCAUGCGUUCUUUGGAGGCUAUGGGGCUCAGUGCUGGCGAUUUGCCACCCAACACAGCAGCAGCAGCAGCAGCAGCAGCAGCAGCAGCAGCAGCAGCAGCAGUAGCACCACCACCACCACCAGUAGCAGCAGCAGCAGCAGCAGCAGCAGCAGCAACAGCAGGGGCAGUGGUGUCAGCAGCAGCGCCAGGGGUUAUGGGACUCAGUUCGGGGGCUGCUGAGACGCUCUGGGAAGAGCUGCAGGCUGCGAUGGGUGAACCAGCUGAAGCCAGGCCUGCAGUGUAUGCUGCUGACUCGGCUACAACCAGUCCUCCUCCCAUCAGCUUCCCUCCUUGCUCGUUCCUUUGUGCCCCUUCCGCCCUUUGUUUGCAGAGCCCGCUGCCCACCAUCCAGGAAGGCCCUGACGCCCUUCAAACCCGAGAAGGGCUGGAUGUUGUUGCUAAGAUGCAUGGCGAUGUGGGUCAGGUGCGAGGAGGUGUGCCUUUUGAGACGUCUCAAAGGUCCUUUCAUACCAGAGAAGGGUUGGAUGUUGUUGCUCAGAUGCAUGGCCAUGUGGGUGAGGUGCAAGAAGGUGGGCCCUCUGAUGCUGCAUUGGAAUGGGGCGUGGCUACGGCUUCUCAUGCUGCUGCUGGUGAUGCUGUCGCAGAGAAGCAGCUAUUACACCAGCCGCCAGCGCAGGUGCCGGCAUCGGCUGUAGCGCGGCCGCAGGCAGUGAGGCGAAGCAGGACAGGGGAGCAGCGGCCUAAGGUGUCGCUGCACCAGAGGAGGCUCCAGCGAAACGCAUCUGCUAGCGCUGUGGCUGGAAGCGGUGCGAGCAGUGAGAGUGGUGCAGGUGGUGUGAGCGGUGCUAGCGGUGGGAGUGGUGGGAGUGGUGGGGGGUCUGCGAGUGUUGGGGGGUCUGUGAGUGGUGCGAGUGGCGGGGACGAUGGUGGUGUGAGGGAGGGAGGGGAAGGAGGAGGGGAGCAGCGGGUGCUGAGAGCGAGCAGUCUGCCGAAUGUGCCCAGAGCUGGCAGCUGGAGGGACGGUGGGAGCUUUGGAGGGGCGGAUGGGAGCUUUGGAGGGGCGGAUGGGGGGAGGUGGACGAUGGGAGAGGCGGCUGCGGCUGCUGUGGCAGCUGUAGCCCGCUCUCCUCGCCCACCGUUCCUCUGUGGCUUUAUGCCCCCAUUCUAUUCCCCACGCAUUGCCUCGUGCCAACCAAGAGGCAAGUCGCACAGGCCAACUCCCUUCCUUUCCCGCGCCUCUGCAUUCCUUCCUCUGGCCCCCCCCUUUGCCUCCCCUCCCUGCGUCCCCUCCUGCGCCCUCGCUGCACUCUCCCCUCCCACAGACUGCCACAAGCCUGCCAGCAGCAGUGGCCCAGCAGCCUCUGGCGAGCCUGGCGGAUCUGGCAGCGCCCUCUCCACCCCCUCCCCCCUCAGCAUGCUUUCCCCCUCCUCCCGCCCCUCCCCCCGCCCUUCCCCCCGUGGCGGAUUGCCCUCCCCUUCCCCCCGCAAUCUGCCGUCCCCCUCCCCCCGCUCCGUGCACUCCCCGUCCCCACGAGCCUACGGCAGAUCAGGGCUCGCUUUGCCUUCUCCUCCCGCUCACCCCUCCUCCUCUUCGAGUCCACACCACCCGUCCUCGUCCUCGCGCCCUCCCCGGUCUAGAAGCAGCAGCCCCUGUCCACGUCCGCCCAGCAGCCCGCGGCAUCCCCGUGGGGGUACUGCUGCUGCUGCUGCUGCUGCCUCCCAUCCGCCCACUGCUCCUUCGUGCCUUGGUGUGCCUGCUUCCAGUCUACAGCAGCAGCAGCAGCAGCGACAGCAGUGGGAGGAGCAGGUGGGAGAAGAAUUGCAGGAUGGGAGAGGAGGGCAACAGCAGCAGCAGCAGCAGCAGAUGCCACAGGGAGUGGUGCAGCAUAUCUUACCAACCACUGGGGAGCCAGAGCCAGUCCUGCCAGCAUACUCCAGCCAAUCACUGUGGGCGUUCGUAGCGGAGAUUGACGGCCCAGAUGCGUUCGCUGGAGGCGUGGGCACAGAGGAGGAUGAUGCUGGUAGCGGCGGGGGUGGCUUUCAGGAGUCGCUUGCAAUGGCUGCAGGUCAAGGGCAGACAGCCGCAUCCCUUGACAUGCAUGAUCUUGAACAAUUCCUUAUGGGAGAUGAAUGUGCUGCCGACAUGUCGGGCUGUGAUUGGCCCAGCAGCGUUGGAAACCCUGGGCUGGGGACUGGCCCGGGCGAGAUCGCAGAAGCUGGAGGGAUACAGGAGCAAGGAGGGGGGGAAACAGAAGCUGCAAUAGGAGUAACCCCUGCCAUAGAUGGUGCAAUAGCAACUCCUCUGGGUGAGAGGUCGACGGAUGGGGAUGUGGCAGAUGUGAGUGCAGUGGGGCAUCUACUCUUUGAUGAUUCGUCAGCCAUGCAGCAGCUGAGUGCUGAUUGGCUGACUGAUUUCCAGAGGAGCAAUUACGCUGGUUUCACCCCUGACACUGGGGCUGCUCUGGUGCCUGGGGCAACGGCUGCAGCACAACAAGCAGUCCUGGCAUCAGCUGAGCAUGCAACUGGACUGCCAUCAUCAGGGGGACCCUCUCUGCCGGUGCAGCAGGGGGUGUGGCAGCUUGGGGCGGCCAAGGGCAGGCAACCCAGUCAGGAUGGGUCUGGUGCAGGAGGAGAGUACCACUGGGGACAGGGCUUUGUGCCUUGA